GGGGGCGGCGCGGGGCCCCAGGGCCACUCGGGGUCUCGGGCGCACGAGACCCGGCGGGAGCUGGGGCGCUGCGCCCAUCGCCCCGCGCUGAGGGGGAGGCGGGGCGGCGGGUUGUCGGUCUUCGCUCUGCGGAAAACGGAAAGACGAAAAGUUUUGGCGGCCAGGGGCUUCCCGGGCGUUUAUCUCGAAACUCUUUUGCGUUGUCUCUUCACUGAAAUUCACCAAGUCCUGUACCGUUGUGUCGGCCCACUUCCUGCUGCGGUUUCAAUCUCGAGCUGGUCUCAGCUCAUUUGUUGUGACAGCUGUCAGCCGCAGUGUCAUCCCGGCGCUUCUCAGAAGCCCGGGAGGAUGGAGCGCGGACGCGGGGCGCGCGGGUUUCCUGAAAGUGCCUCUGCGCGGGUUUUGAAGAACUUGCUCGAUGCACUUUGAAGAAUCGGCUGUUGCUCUUUCUGUCGAGGGCUCUGCUGAGUCUCCCACAGCACCUCCUGUCAAAGGGAAAAGGAAACAGCCAGAGGGGGGUGACCCACUAGACCCACCUGUGUCCCCUAAACCUGAUGGUGAACAGAGCAGGAGCCAAAGCCCCAUCCAGCUGGAGGACUCCCCCGAGACAGGCGGGGAGCGGGAGGAGCAGGAGCGGGAGGAGGAACAGGCCUUCCUGGUCAGCCUCUACAAGUUCAUGAAGGAGCGACACACGCCCAUCGAGAGGGUGCCCCAUCUCGGCUUCAAGCAGAUUAACCUGUGGAAGAUCUACAAGGCCGUGGAGAAGCUGGGUGCCUAUGAGCUGGUGACUGGCCGCCGCCUCUGGAAGAACGUGUACGACGAGCUGGGGGGCAGCCCAGGGAGCACCAGCGCCGCCACGUGCACACGCCGCCACUACGAGAGGCUGGUCCUCCCAUACGUGCGGCACCUGAAGGGGGAGGAUGAUAAGCCGUUGCCCCCCUCCAAGCCCAAGAAGCAAUACAAGAUGACCAAAGAUCCUCGGGGGGAUGAUGGGGCCACAGAGAGGCCGAAGAAAGUCAAGGAAGAGAAGCAGGGAGACCAGAUGAUGCCAGGAAAAAUCAAAACAGAUGCCGCUGCCACUGACCUGGUCCAGCUUCCCAGCCAGGAGCUCCCUAAGGACAACAUAGAAGAGCCAGGCCCAACCUUGGGGUCCUCUUUGCCCUUCUUGGGUGCCACAUGCUGCCCUGAGGCCUACAAGCGACUCUUGUCCAGCUUCUACUGCAAAGGGACACAUGGCAUCAUGUCACCACUAGCCAAAAAGAAGCUCCUGGCCCAGGUGAGCAAGGCAGGGGCCUUGCAGUGCCAGGAGGGCUGUUGCCAUGGGACAGGAGGUCCUAACAGAGAGCUCCAGGCACCGCCAGCUGUUUGCCAUCAAGAGCGUCCCCAGAGCCCAGAACCAGCUGAGAUCUCCAGGCACCAGCUGACUCCUCAGGAGGGACUGUCUGCCACCGGGGGCACCCUCAGGGAGGAGGCUCAUGUGGGCCCCCGGCCAUCAGCCCCCAUCUUCACUGGCUGUUUCCAUGCCUGCCCCACUGAAGUGCCGAAGCCUAUCAGCCAGUACCCCCGGGACUUCUUCCCCAGUCUUAAAAAAGGGGUGCUACCAAGGCCUUCUGGUAAUGAGGAUGGGCUGCAGGUCAAAGAGCCCCAACUGGUGUGGGGUGGAGAUGCCAGUCGUCCUUCUGCGUUUCACAAAGGCAGCUCCAGAAAGGGCAACCUCUACCCUAAGCCCAAAGCCUGCUGGGUAUCCCCCAUGGCCAAGGUCCCUGCUGAGAGCCCUAUGCCCCUCCCCACCUUCCCUACCAACCCAGGCCUCAGUAACAAGCGCAGCCUGGAGGUGGAGGAUUUUGCCCAUGGUGGCAAAAAACUACGUGCUGUGUCCCCCUAUCUUAAGGAGAUGGAUGCCAAGGAGUGUGGGACUAAACCUGUGGGGCCCAGUUUGGCUGUAUCCUGCUUGCUGGGCCCAGCCCUGGGGCCUGCCCUCCCAGAGGCCUACAGGGGCACCAUGCUACGCUGCCCACUGAACUUUGCUGGCACCCCAGACCCCUUAAAGGGCCAAGCCACACUUCCCUUCAGCCCCCUGGUCAUCCCAGCCUUCCCAGCCCACUUCCUGGCCACCACAGCCCCAGCCCCUGUGGCCACUGGCCUAAUGCACUUGCCCCCAGCAUCUUUCGACAGUGCCCUCCGCCACAGACUUUGCCCAACCUCGUCUACCUGGCACGUGCCUCCUGCUACAACCUAUGCAGCACCCCAUUUUUUCCACCUCAACACCAAACUGUAGGUCCAAGCCUUCUGUUAACCUGUGCUGCAGAGGGCCGGAGUGGCCCGAGGUGGAGUCACUGCCUGCAGAACCAGAACAGGGUCUGUCCAUUCCCUAGGAGAGCUCAGCACCUGUCUGGGCCACUUGGUACAAACAAGGGAGGCAGAGGGAGAACAGGCUUUGUCUCCUAAGCAGCAAAAGCCCAGUGACUAGGGAUCCAGUUGUAGCAAGUCCUUGGGAAAAGGUGCAGGACUGGCAGCUCCAAACUGGAGGCCCCUCCCAACCCCCCAAAGCAGAGGCCAGGGACUGAGGAAGUGGACAGCCGCUGGAGGCAUCUAGGCUGCUCGUGGAAAAACUCAAUAAAAGACCAAUGCAAUUUUA